AUGCCUGGACAAAAGCUUUACCCCCGCGCGACGGUCAGAAAGAUCGUCAAGGCUCACUCUAAUUGUAAUGUGAGCAAGAACGCUGAUGUCAUGAUGUUCUUGGACUACAUGCUCUUCAUGCAAACGCUCAUCAAAGAAGCAGCGAUUGAAGCCAAGCAAGGGGGUGAGCGUGGUAUCACAGCGCGAAGUGUCAGAAAGGUCACGGCGGAUGCGCUUGCCAAGUUCAGAGGAUGA